CGGACGGCGGCGAUUCGGCGACCGACGGGUUUCAGUCGACGUUCCGGACCGCAACGGGAAACCAGCGAGUUGAUACGAUCAACGGCUAAAUAAUACCAAAUCGAAUAAAAAUCAUUUGACUCGUUGUCGAGAGCCAUUCGCCCACAAUGGUUCAGGUAAAUGUUCGCCGUCCCGCUGCGCUGCGACUACAGUGAUAUAGGCCGUUUUUAUUGGGCAUCCGAAUCGCUCGCGUGACGGGGUACACCGAUUUUUUUCGGUAAAUAAAAUUUGAUAGAAAAAAAAAAAAAAAUAGAAAAUCGAGCGGCGUCGCGGUUGAUCGACGGUCCCCUUUACACGAUAAAAACGCCGAACGCGUAGAAACCGCGUCGAUACAAGUGAGUGAAACGAUUUCGUUUGAUUAUAUGAUUUUAUUACCAAUUGAAUUAUUAUUAAUUUUGUUUUUAUAUUUUUUUUAAUUAUUAUUUUUAUUUUUUUAAAUUUAACUAUUGCUAUUCUCGUUUGUUUUUUUUUUUUUAAAUUUAAUUAUUAUUUAUUUUUUUAUUUAUUGUUUUUUUUUUUUUUUUUUUUGUGUUUUCAAUUUCUGCGCUCGUCCCGCACUCGUAAAACAAUGACGCCCGACGCGGACGCGGGACGAGAAAACAUUUGCACGUCGUUUCGUCCGAUCGGUAUUAUAAAUAGCCGUGGUACACCUCCUAUAAUAUAAGCAUUGUUUACGGCCAUCGGCUAUUUCAGUACCCGGGGGAAUUAAUUCGUUAAUUUUAGACGGUUUCCCGCAGCGAAAAUCACAAUCUCGCAAUUUCACGAUCCGCCGACGUCUCCGAUAUCCGCGCGUCACGGCGGAGCCGCGCGCCCCGGGUUUCCCCCCCCCGUAAAACGUUACCAUUUCAAUCGUACGGCCGCCCGAAACGCGCGAAAUUUAAAAACCGAGAAAAAAUCAAAAUUACCACGCGAAUCUGUACGAAUACGUACGCCUGCUUAACCGGUACGGCGCGCUCGCGAUAUAAAUUCUCGACCUUUCGUCGUCUCUGGCGCCGUUCCGAGUUUAUUUUCGGCCCGUCCGUCCUGAAGGGCGAAUCAUAACCGCGCGCAACAACGUCCGUCUCACCCGCUUGUCCCUCCCCCCUCCCCCUCCGCGUGUGCCUGCCGCUGCCCCGGGAGGUGCGGUUUUUCCGGCGAGAACGCUGAACGCCUACGGGUCGCGGUCGGCUAUAACUGACCUUUUAAAGGGCGGGAGGCAGGGGACGGGGGGGGGGGCAUGGCGCGACGAAAAUGGCGAACAAAAACAGAAAAAAUCGCACGCCGAUAACGUAGCCGGGAAAGCCCGUAACUUUGCCGGCCAAUAUUUCUUCGCGGUCCAAUUCGCAAUCAUCACACCGUAGUACGAUGAUUAACACUCGUUCGAUUGUUUGUUAUGAGAAAAAAUACCGGGCCGAGUGGGGCGAUUGGCGGCCAGUGCGGUGAGCUCGGGGGCGCGCGAGAGGGGGUGGAGAGGGGGCGGCGCGCGGAACUCCGCCGAACAAAAGAAAUAGGCACCCAUUUUGGCGCGCGCGACAUUCCCACGUGUCUGGCACGCUCGUUCGGCCGUGACGGCGUAUUCGAGACGAAUCGAAAUUGUUAAAAUUACGAGAAAAAAAAACAAUAACUCUUCGACCUCGCCUCGCGACGAUAGCGCGUAGUUAUGUGUGAUAAGCGCGAUAAGCGUGACGAGUUCGGUGUUAUCAGUUGCCGCGCGCUCCGGUACACUCCGGUAUAACGUACACCGCCGUAAUUACAAUAACAUUGUUACCGGCGGCGGCGACGACGACGACGACGACGACGACGACGUGUCGUCCGCGUCCAGCGGUAGUGGGUGUUCAACACUGUAACCUACGACCGCCCCCCCCCCAGGCAACAGCCUACAGAAAUUGUUCUAAAUUGUCGAGGUCCGUUUUCAACAGGUCGACCGGGUUAUUGUCGGCUGUUAGUGGUAACCCGCGGUAACGGCGGUAACUGGUGUCUGCCUCCGGUAGAGAUUAGCGAAAAAUGAACGAGUCCGCCGCCCGCACGACGCGCGUCAGGUACACGGCGAUGGGUUCCGGAUACGACGGCCCUCCUCCUCCUCCUCACGUCGACGUGUCGUGGUGGUGAAGCGCAUCGGACACACCGGCCGUCGAAAAUCUCGCGUGGUGCCGACUAUAUUUGCCCGUAUAGAAACACAGAGAAAUCGAAAGCUAUAUCGUAAACUUACCACGAUUUCGAAAACGACAGUGUUUUUUUUUUUUUUUUGUUUCAAUUUUUUUUUGUUUUUUUUUUUUGUACAGCUUGUCUAGGAACCCGUCAUCUUCAUUCGGUAACCAUAUAAUAUUAUAAUGUAAUAUAUUUACAUAUGUAUUUUUUUUAUUUUUAAUAUUUUUUUUCUAUUGAUUUGUAAUCGGUUAUAAUAUAAUGCAUGCGGUUUUUUUCUAAGCUGUUGCUGCAUUAACAAUGAUGCGCUGUGGUUUUCGUCGCAUGUCGAUUUCCGGACGCUUUUCGGACGCCAAUGUCUUCCCCCCACCACCCCUCCUCUGCAUUUUCGGGUUUCCGGGAAUGAUUCUCGUCUCGUUUAAAACACGGUGGCUUAGACAAAUACAUUUCGUGGGCGGAACUCUGUGCUUGCCGAAAACCGAGAGAGCGUUUCCCCCCCGAGUGUCCCGGUAAAUCCCGACUAUACUCUCAUGAAAACCUGCCGCGUACGGACGGAGGAUAAUUUAGGAUUUGAAACAGACUCUGCGCCCCAACGUUUUACCGCCGAUGAAAACGACGAGAAAAAAAAACUAAAACAACGAAACGAAAUUACGUUGUUGUCGUUGGAGUUUUUCUACAUUUCUAUAAUAGUUCUGAGCAAUACUUUAACGAAUCCGGAUUACAAUUGCGAUACGCGGCGUUCAGCGCUGUGCGACGUUACGUCUUCUAAAUCGAUCGGUCCCCGGCGGUUGUUAUGCGCAUUGAAAAUUCAAGAUUCCGCGAUCUCGGCGCAAUACGAUAUCGACAGCAAUAAUAUUGGAACGUUCGAAUUGCCGAUAACGCGCGUUAUCGUUAGGUUUUCUAUGUUUUUUUUUUUUUUCCUUGUUCGCGGUUUCAGUACACCGUCUGUAAAACGGUGCCGCGUCGGAAUGCACAGCUGCCGCAGAUAAACCGCGUUGAAUAAUCACAAGUCGGCUGUGUUAGGUCAUGAUUCUUUUUGUCUUACGCCGGGCGCAUGUAUGCACAUUUUUUUUUUUGUUCUGUCUUCUAUUAUUACUCUAUUUUUUUUUUAUUAUUAUUAUUAUUUUCAUUAUCUGGGCACCCUUUAACCCAAAAUAGCGAACCGCUCACGGCCAGCCGCUAUUAAUAGAAUCGACAAUAAUAAUACCCAUGCUAAUAAACGAUAAGUAAUAAUUAAAAUAUUAUGUUCCGAACGCUUAUUACCGCUUAUCAUAAACCGUAAAUAAUAAAAUUGUAAUAAUAAUAAUACCGCAUCGGCACGAGAACUGUUGAUAGGACGCGUUAUCUUAACCGGCCGGGGUAAUAGGUAUUAUAAUAUCGACGCGAAAUAUUACAAUAUUUUGUGAUAAACCGAGCAACGCGAUGGUAUUAAAAUAUUAUUUCGCGAUUUUCGGACGGACGUGUGGAGGGUAUCGAGGGGGAAAAAAACAAAAAUUGACACUAUCAUAUCAAUUAUCGAUGUGAAAUCCAAUAUUUGUUCGGUGAAAACUGUUAUCGCGCGCUACGUUGUUGACGUGGCGAAACAAACAGCGAACGUUGUACCGCAUAAAAGAGAGUUUUCGUUUUUGUUUGUUCACCGUUGUUUUUUCGUUUAAAAUUUCCAGGCGGCGACGUCCACGGACGGAGCAGCCGCCGUGCCGUGCGCGCGCGCAGCUUUCCGCGCAAAUAUUCGUCUCGUUUGUACCACGGUCGGUAGAUAAAACAUAAUCGGCUCGGCUACUCGCUGUUACACGAGUCUAGAGUUCACCGUUCCGAUUAAACACCGCGACGGGGUUAUCGUCGUCCGCGUCGAUUUUACCGUUUGCGGCGGAAAACGCCGUUGUGACGAAUAAAAAAAAAAAAACCCCCGACGAUCAGGCGCGAUAAAUCCGCGUUGCGAGUACGCGUAUUCGUUUGGCCGUCGCUUACGGUUCGCACGGAUAUCGGCGAAAAAACAUAUAAAAAAUCGCCGAGUAAAACGCCAACGCAUUCGCGUUUAUGCGGCGCGCGGAUUGUCGCUGUGCAAUCCGCUUUUACGAGCGCGAAACGGGGAGGACGGUUCUAUCUAACCUAACCUAACGCGCGACCGAACGCGUUUCGAAAGCGCCCCGGCCGAAUCGCGGGUGGGCGGGGCGGUAGCGGGGCGGGGCGGUUUCGACCGAGUUCGGAAAAACCGUCCGAAAUUUUUUUUUGAAAAAUUGUCAAUUUCUAAUCGUUGCGCGUCAAGCUUUUCCCCGUCACUGAAUCGGUUGAAACGUUACGAUAUUAAAUUGCUGAUAUUUUUUCUGCCCGUCCGUAAGCCCGCCCGGACGGCGGACAUAACCUCUCCCCCGCUGAUAUUUUUAUCGCUUUUGGAUAAUGUUCGGUAAAAUCGGUAUCUCGGCUAUUUGGUAUCCGUAUGACAGAACCGAUGAAAAUAUUACUUAUUGCUGUUUGCAAUAUAUGUUUUCACAGAUUUGAAAUAGGGGGAAAAAAAACAAUUUAAAAAAACCGUACCGUUGCUAUCAUUGUGACUGUUGAGCGGAAUAUAACGGCGCACUAGUAACGACGGGAGAAAAAAAUAUUACCCCCGCCCGAAAAAAAAAAAAAAAAAAACAAAACAAAUUUCCCCGUAUAAAGAACCGACUCCGUCACCCCCCCGUUUCGCAAGCUCUUGGGUCUUUUUGUAACGGAGCUUUUUAUACGCUAUUGUCGUGGCUUUUUUUUUUUUUUUUUCGACCCGUAACAUAACAGUACGUUCGCGUCUUACAUACGCUUUGUACGCUGUAAGUUUGUUUUUUUUGUUUUGUUUUCAAACCGCAGUCCGGCGCUUUUUUACACCUAUAUUUGUCAUUGCAUAUUAUCGAUAACACCGGGGCUACCUAUAUUAAUAUUGUUGUUUCGAACGAAAUCGCCCAAGUGUUAUUAAAUUAAUUAAUUUUUUUUUUUUCGAUUUUUUUGUUCACUACAAAUACUCGGCAAUAACGGUGUAUAACACACUGAUUACUGUACCUACGUACCCGCAACAUAUACACAUGUGUACACUCGAAUGAAAACAUAUUUCAGCACGUCUACGUGUCUCUUGUUCAGCGGAGGGCUCGCCCGGGACGAAUACGGUACGGUUAUUUGUCAAUCGCGUUUGUUUCUCGGUAACCGCGAUAAUUACUGUCGUCCGCCGUUUUCCGUUUUGCCGCAAUAUCGCGUACGCCAUACAGGCGGUAACCGUAUCGGUCCGGCGGGCUUUCUCUCCGAACAAGCACGUUCACAGCGUGGAAUUCUUUAUGAUUGUUAUUAUUAUUAUUAUUAUUUUUUUUUACCCGUGACCCAUAAAAAAAAAAAAAAAAAAACAAUUAUGACGACAAAACGUUAAUCGAAUGUAUGGUUGCGGCCGUUGUUUUUUGUUCACGCAGGCGGUAAACGAGUAACUCCCGCGUCCGAAACUCCGUCAACGUCAUCAGCAUCCGUGCGCCAGCGCCGCAAGACAACUCCGUCAGCAUGUCGUCCGAAUGUUGCGACGUCAUCGUGGCGCACAGCCCGCCGAUAUUCACGGGCCACCGCAGUUCGCAGCCCAACCUGCAGACGUGCCUCUUGAACAACAUGCGGUUGGUCAUAACGCAGAAACCGUCGCCGGUGCCGGCCCGCCGGUUCGUCAGCAGCAACUCGCGCGGAUCGUCCGGAUCGCAGGCCAAGUCCGCCGACAACAAACUCCUGCAGGCCGACCAACCGGGUCCGGGUUCGGUGCAGACGUCCAAGCCCCGAAGACCGUGUCUGGUCAGAAGGGCCGACUCGGAUGGCAGUUUCGGGUCGUCGUCGUCGUCGUCGUCGUCGUCGUCCUGUUCGUCGUCUGACGAGAACGAACCGCCGAGCCCGACCAGGAGGAAAAAGAAAGUCGUUUUCGCCGACGACCGAGGCUUGUCACUCACCCAAGUGAGUGCUCAUUUUUACACUGUUAUACGUGAUACGCGUAGAAUAAAACGCGGGCUACCCAAACACAGUGCGCCCCCGCGAUUCGUCGCAAAACAACAUUAAUGCGAUCGAGUUGUUCAAUCGUCGUCCCGUUUAACACGAUAUUAUUAUACCGUACCGUCCAAAAACUGAUUUCAAAAACGUUAAUCUAAACAAAACCAAUUAUUAUUAUUUCGCAAAUCAAUAAUUUCGAAUUUUUUUUAUUUUUUUCUUACCACGACUCGAAAACUAACGGGCGAGGGGAGGGGGCGUCACCAGAAAUAUCUUUAGGAAAAAAAAAAAACCUAACCCGUCCGCUUUCUUGUUCGGCGCAGGUACGAUUGAUGAAUGAACCGUCGAACCAGCCGCCGAAACUGUUGACCGUCCAACAGUAUCUGAACCAACAGUCCGCGGCACCCGCGAUGGGCGCCGGUGUUGCGCUUAACAAACAUAUGGCCGAUCAGCUGUGGCAUCUCCGGUUCUCGCAACCGGCUUCAAACUACUUGGACUUCCGGAACCGUCUGGACACGAACAAUAUAUCGCUGGAGAACGUGAUCGUCAAGUGGCCGGACCACCGGGUCGUCGGCACCGUCAAGGUGCGCAACCUGUCGUACGACAAGGAGGUGUUCGUGCGCUACACGGAGGACAGGUGGGUCACGCACCGGGACGCGCUGUGCACGUACGUCCAGCAGAACAUUACCGCGAUGAACGCGAACGGUUCGUGUUCGGUGGCCCCGGCGCCGGUGCAGAACAUCUACGACACGUUCUCGUUCUGUCUGCAGUUGCCCACCAGCGCCACGGCCAUGGAAUUCGCGGUGUGCUACAAGAACGUCGAGUUCGAGUGUUGGGACAACAACGACAACAAAAAUUAUUGCGUGUCGGUGUCCGGCCACGGCGUACCGACCGGUCCGCUGCUGCAGCAACUGCAAGAACAAAACUCGCCGUCCGCGGCCGCCGACGCCAACAGCGCGGUCAUCGAGUACGAUCACCAGCACCGUCGCAAUAGCCGGCAGCACCACCAGCAUCAACAAAAGUCGCCCGUUCACUUUUUCGGCGCCCAGUCUAAACAAAACUCGUGGAACACGUGGCGCGAUCAAAAGAUCGACACGUCCGCGUACUGGUAAUCGCGGGUUCGCGCGUUUGGCGCCUACCGAUCGGAGUCGCUGGAUAAAAUGUAAGUAUUUGUACUUGUACCUUUACUUGUCUGUUAUUGAAAAACACGUUUAAAAGCUCCGUAAAACCGACUCGAAACUCGCUUGAAAUUCCAAAAAAAAAAAAAAAACCGCGUUGAAACGUUUCGUGUUUAUUUCAAUACGCGGUAAAAUGUGAUAUAUGCAAUGAAUUGAUUUUCAGUCGUUUAGUCAAUUUUCCAUAAAGUAAGUUUGAGUCGGGUACACAAAAACCAUACUUAUAUAUUGAUUUAUUCCGAGGGAUUCAAAAUUAAAAGUAUACAUUCGUUUGAAACGAGUAUAGCAAAAUUUGUGCGAGUAGAAAAAUCGAUCUAGAAAAAAAGUCUUGGAACUUUCACCGAUUCUCACCGAAAAGUUACGAUUUUCGACUUAACGCCUGACCCGAGACUUGAUCAUUUAGAUAACACGUAGAUUAAACAAUUCGUAUUUAGACGAAUGUUAUUGGCGCGAAAAUAUAAUAUCGUUUAAAAGGUCGCGGAUUAGCGUUUCCCGAGGUCGUUCGAACUUAUAAAAUAUAACCCGAUAACCUUCCCGCCGUGCCCGGAUCGUUUCUCACGGUCGCCGGCCCACGGCGGAUUUUAAAAGUCCUUUAAAUAAUAAUAAUAAUAAUAAUAAUAAUAAAAAAAAAACGAUGUUGCGAAACCCGGUAGAUUUUUACGUGUCCCGAGCCAAGUCGACGGCGGAAUGUGAACUUCCGGUACCCACACGCUCGGACACGCGGUUUCUCGCGCCAAAAAAAAAAAAAAAAAUCCCGCGUAAAAACGCGUGAUUUUCGUGUUCAACGACAAUCGGGAACGGUAAAUUAAAAAUAAAUCGCAGAUAGUUUUUCGGUUGUAUUUAGACCGGGCGUCUGGUAGUCCGUCCGAACAGACGCGUUUAGUCGUUGGGUUUAUUAUUUUUUUUUUUUUUUUUUUUUUUUUUUUUUUAAUAAUUCCUCAGAGAAUUGCCAUUAAACCGCGCGCACGAUUCGAAUAUUUCAUUAUAAUUAAUAAUUAGUAAUUAAAGUCGCGCGAUUAAACCGGUCUGUCACAGACUAUUACUGUAAAUUAACUCCGUGUAGAAAUUACACAGUCUCGUCCGACGGUUCGACUGUUCCAACGGUAAUAAAUUACUAUAGAAAAUAAUCGAAGACCUUGGGACGCAUCAAACCAUUUUUUCUUUCGAAAACGCAUUUUUUCGACGGAGUAAUUUAAACGUGGCGAUCGAAUCGACCCGAUACAACCCAAAGUAUUCACGGGUGAAUCUGCAGGAUUUGACGAUUUCCCAGGGAAUUGAGUACGUACAGUUUUCAACGGGAAUCGAUGUAAUAAUCCGAUGCGAAUGUACCGGACAUUAUAAUCCCCGGCACAUUUUAAUGCAACAAUUGGAUAAAUUCGAAAAAAAUAAACCUUUUUUUUUUUUUUUUUUUAUUAUUGCUUCUGGAAAAUUAAAAAAUAUCGAAAUUAUCUGGUCGCAACCAUCCGGUUCUUUAAUUGUUAUAAUGUUUAACUCGGUCGUAUUUCAUUGAAAUUAUCAAAUUCGACCGUCGUGUGCUGCAGGUUCACGAACGAGCUUUUACUGUUCCGACUCUAACCGAAACCCUUAGAUUAACCGCGGUCGGCCGAACGGGAUUUUUUUUUCACCAUUCGCUAAGUCGACGUGGAACAAAUCUAACAAAAAAAAAAAAAAAAAAAAAAAAAAUAAAAAAAAUAUCCGUUAUUUCGGCGUAACAAUCGCGGGUUUAUUUGGUUUUAAACGGUGUUUUUUUCGUCUUCUCAAAAUCAAUCUAUCAAAAAAAAAAGUACCCCCUGCGAUCCCUAUACAAGGUCAAGUAAUCUAACGGCGGUCCUCUAAAAAAAAAAAAAUCAGGACCCGUUUGGACCGGUUUUUCUGAAACACAACCCGUUUGGACCAAUUUUGAGGGUUAGUUCGGGCUAGAAAAUACUGCCGUUAUGAUGCCGCCCGUCUGGACCAGAAUUCUCGUUAUUUCCCUUAUUAGUUCAACCGAACAAUGUUACACGUAUAUCGGUUAACCUGCACAGCGUCCGAUUAUAUCGGCUCUCUCUGCUGCUCGCGGCGGCCAACACUUCCCGAGAAACACUCCUGUUGCUCCGCCUGUCGUACCCAUACGACGUUUUGCGAUAGUUCGCAACAGUUUUUCAUUGUUUGUUUUUUUUUUUUUUUUUUUUUUUUUUUUGCGUUUUGUUUUUACAGUUCGCGGGAAAUUGUAUUUUCUCGUCGAGGAACAUAUUUAAAAAUAUCGCAUCCAUGAACGACGCCCACAAGUCAACAUAACGAAAAACAAUACAUGCGAGUUGGGAUAAUCGUUGUACACAAAUCGUUUUACAUUCAAUAAUUAGUCUACGUGCAUGACCGCGUGCUGUGUAUGCCGGGCAUUGUAAAAUUUUAUUUAUUUAUUUUUUUUUUUUUUUCGUCCAAAAACAUUGUUAAUUAUUAUUAUUAUAUUUACGCUACACGCUACAACAAGAAUAAAUCAUUAUAAACGCUAUAAACGAAUAUUAAUUGUAUACGUAUACUUUUUUUUUUGUUUUUAAUGCAAUUCGUUUUUUUUUUUUUAAUUUUUAUAUUUAAGUAUUUAUUAUUAUUAUGUUUUCCCCUUAGAAAUUAACCGGCACUUAAAAAAAAAAAGAAGAUUUUAUUCAUUGUCACGUUUUGUUUUUUUUUUUUUUUUUUUUUUUUUAAAAAAAAAA